GACAGUGGUGGUGCUGGCUGGCGGUCAGCCGUGCAGAUGCUUUCUUCAGAGCUGACGGAGACGGGCCCAGAUACACCUGUGAAUAGCACUCAAGCUACCAGCAAGCACACCCCCAACAACAGCAACAGCAGCAACAGCAGCAACGCGACAGCCGCUGUGUACACUGAAGACCACUUUUCAACAACACCACACGUCACCGCGCCAGGACACCAGCAGCAACACAGCGCUGUAUUGUCAGGUGAGGACUCCCCCACCACCUCCACCAGUGCUGUCGACACUGCUGCCACAGGCUCACGGCAGCAGAAGCAGCACCAGUGCCAGCAGAACGCCUACGAGGACAAGGCGAGCGCUGGUGGAGUGUGGGAGCUGUGUCGAAUUGCUUCCCGUACCAGCAGUAGCAGCGCCGCGCCACAACGAAGCUCAGCUGCUUCCAACGGGACUCGCGCCUCUUCCACACGUGAAAGGCGACCGUCAUCAAGCACCUCGACACCUGACGACUACGAUUACGACUACAUCACCUUUGCCGGAGACACCUUUCUCUUCGUGUCCUCUGCAACACCGUUUGGCUCCUCCUUCAGCCGCGCAAAGGGCGGGAACCGAGCCACGAGCCACCGCGCGCCUCCUGCAAUCCCAACACCGACAUCCAUUUGGGCGUCCCACUUUGGCCGCAAGAGCAUCACCAGCGCGAUGUCCACGCAGCAAGCGCCCAGCGACGCUGUAUCGGCUGCCCUGCAAUCAAGUGUGAGCGAGAGCGCCGCAAGCAAUGGGGGUGCAGCAAACACUGGCGAUAGCGCCAGGAACCCCAAAGACACAGGCACAGCUGGCGACAGUGGCAGCCAUGGCGACGACCACCACGACGGCGAUGCACGCAAGCAAGAAGCAGGCCAGCACACCGGCGCUGGUGGUGGUGGGGAUGGCGAUGGUGGUGGGGAUGAGGACGACAGCAAAGACGACACUGAUGAAGAAGAUGGUGAUGACGACGAGGAGGACGACGAGGACGACGAGGAAGAGGAGGAUGUGGUGGAGGGGACAGGGAGCGGAAACAGGAGGACAACAGCAGCAACGGCUGUCGAUGAAGGCACGGAGACAGCAGGCCCGACAGAACACAAAGACGCUAAGCAGUCCAGCCCGAAUGAUUCCGUCAGCGCUCGUGGCGACGACAACAACCAACCCAGCUCUCAACCCUCAAGCCAGGACCUUGGCGGCACACCCAGCGACGCUAACCCGAGCCAGCCAACAUCCUCCCAAGCCUCCUCCGCCUCUUCCUCAGCACCAGCACCAGCACCAGCGUCGACAGCAGCAGCAACACAAUCGUCACAAACCGCAACCGGUGGCUGCAGCACACCACCCGCAGCAUCACGACUGAGCUCGCCAUCCAUCUCCGCACAGCUGUUGUCAGUGCUGUUCACGCCUCAGUCUACAGCAAGCAGAGCGUCGCCAGCAGCGUCACGCAGCAGCAGCGGCCACCCAGACACCGGCGCAUAUCCUGCCCAUACGCCCCCAUCUCGCACCCCUGGACAACUGCUGCUGUCCACAGAGCCCCUGCAUCGCACGUGCACGCUCUGCGGCAAGCCGUCCAAGCCGGCGCGGUGCCACCCAACCUUGCGUGUGCUGCUGUGCGACGAGUGCAACACGCGCAUCCGCUCAAAGCAGCGCAAGCGGCUGAAGAGGACUGGCUGGCGCUACACCGUGUGCGCCUGGUGCAACACGCGCGUGGGCCUGCUACCGUGCGGCAGCAGCAAGAACACCGACCCAUACAGCCCAGAGUUCUGCCCAUACAUGUUCUGCUCGCUGUGCCUGCACCGGCACGUGGGGCCCUCGUAUGCAGCACGCGCGCAGCAGGGCGUGUGGUGGCGCUGCCCCGUGUGCGAUCCUGCGCCCAUUGCUGGCCUGAUCAAGGCGUGCGAGAAGGCGCAGAAGGAGGAUGGGACAUACGAGCCGCUGACGCCUUUGAAGCUUCCACCACUCCCAGGACAACCCAGGCGACGGAAGAAGACACCACACAAGACACCGCAGACGAAGACACCACGCGCCAAGACGCCACGUAAGCCAUCGUCAUCAACAAGGGGAAGGAAGCGUGGGCAGGCCUCCGGUGCCACCACAACAACCAGCAGCAGCAGCAACAGCAACAGCAACAGCAACAGCAACAGCAACAGCAGCAGCAGCAGGAAGAAACGUGUGGCAAGGCAGGCAAGGGGGAAACAAACACGCCCCGGGCCACGCAAGACCCAACCGAAACAGCAGCGAACACGGGACGCCUUGACAGCCGCUGCAGUGACAGUGAGCGAUGGGCCCGUGCGCCAAAGCCCGCGCAUCCGCAAUCAGCUGUUGCGGCGCCAACACCAUCAACAGCAACAGAGCGCAGCGCAAGCAAGAAGGGCGAGGGCGCGCUACGGAGGUGAUGUUGAUGACUUCGUUGUCGACGACGACGAUGAUGAUGAUGGCGAUGCUGCUGAUGAUGACUCAGAUUUGGACGUGAGCUCGAGUAGCGACUGGUCGCUGGACGAUGACGAAGAGGAAGAAGAGGAGGAUGCCGGUAUGAUCAGAGGCAGCCGGCGCGCGAAGCGUCUGGCGCAGCAGCUGCAGUUGGAGGCGCAGCAGGUCACCGGUGGGGACGCGGAUGGUGCCACCAGCUCAGCCGCCAGCACCACCGCAGCGAUAGCCACACAGAAGGAGCACAAGAAGAAGAAGAUGAUGAUGAUGAUGACGAAGGCGAAGGCGAAGGCGAAGAGCAGGGAGAAGCACGCUGCACAGGCAGCACCACCCUUGCAGCUUGCUGUCAAUGGCAGCGUUGAUGAUGACAGUGACGGUGACGAUGAUGCACUGGGGUUUGAUGGUGACUUCUUUAACGAUGAUGAUGCCGCAAACUACGGGAUCGAGCCAUCUCCAAUAGCCGAGUCCUCCGGUGGGGCCGAAUCGUCGGCGCUCCCGUCAAAGCGCGCGAAAACAGCGGCGCUGUCCGCCAAGCAGCAGCAGCAGCAGCAGCAGCAGCAGCAGCAGCAGCAGCAGCAGCAGCAGCAGCGGGGUAAGAAACAUCAAAACAAGAAGACGAUGUCGGAGGAGAAGAAGAAAAAGAAGAGCAGAGUUGCCACCGCUUCAGCCAAGAAGGCAACGCCAGCAGCGCCAGCAACAACAACGAUGACGACGAAAGCGCGGGGACGAAGCCGGGCGUCAACGUGGAUGAUGACGCAGCGGUACGUGGCGAUGGCGACUGCAACCAAGGGGAGCGGGCGCGCCGAGCAGCCCACGCUGCUGAUGCAAGGCAGUGGGGGUGCUGGUGUUGUGGGCAACGAUGAAGAGGGCGAAGAGACGGCCGGCGUGUCGACACCUGCGGUGAAGAAGCGGGGCAGCAGGCACCGUGGAGGCAGACUGAAGGAGGAGGGAGGAGGAAAGGCACGAACAAGCACGCGUAGUGAGCGCACACCCAACGGGACGACACGACACAACACAACCACAGCAGACCCGUGUAGUGCAGCACCAGCGACACCGAAGAAGAACAGGGAGGAGAGCGAAGAUGAAGCAGCAGCAGCGCUCCGCCGCUCCGCUCGUCGAAACGCAAAGCGGCGGGUGAAGGCGGACGUGAGCGAGGCUGACUGGCGCGCCAUCAUGCGCGUGCUGACUGAGAACGAGAGCGACCGUGCACACAAGCGGGCAGCGAAUGAGGAGAGGGCCGCCCAGCGUCGCGCCUCUAACCCGUCAUCACCAACACGUCAGCGGCGGCGUCAACAGCAGCAGCAACAACAACAGGGUGUGCACGCACCGGCAGCGCCAAACGUGUUUGCGGAGGUGAAGAGCAUUGAGGUUGCGGAGGCUGAACAAGAAGAAGAAGAAGAAGAAGAAGAAGAAGAAGAAGAAGAAGACGAGGAAGCGAGGAGAGAGCGCGUGGCCAAGCAGGAGGAGAGCGAUGCGCGGCUGGCAGCGAAGCUUGCGGCAGAGGAGGCCCGUCUCGCAGGACUCGACGCAGAUGGCGACGAUGACGAUGAUGGCGAUGAUGACGAUGUUGACCAAAGCAGCGACGAUGGUGGUGCCGGUGGCCGUCGUCGUCGUAGCGGCAGUGACGGUGCUGGCGGUCUUGAGUACGACAGCGGGUCUGAUCAGGGCGAUUAUGAGCCGACGGAGGAGGAUUUGCGGGGCGACCCAGCUGCGUUGCAGAUUCUACGUGCUGAUGGAGAGAAUUUGGGUGCCAUUGGGGAUGAGUGGAACGAGUACAAACGCUGCGCCAUCAAUGCACAUGACUUUGACCACAAACUGUUUCCCCAGGUCCACGACGUGCUUGAUCUUGUUGUGUGCAACGAGUGCGAGUGGAACACGCGUCCGUAUCCGCUCACGCUGGAUGACUCUGCUGAUGCGGAUGAAGCAUCCUACACGUCAUGCACGCUGUGCCGUGACGGCGGCGAUCUCGUGUGCUGCAGCGUUUGCCCUCACGUCUUCCACGCCGCCUGCUUGCAACAGCUCCUUGGGCACGAUGAGUGGCAGAGAAUCGAUGCGCUUGAGACGUGGCACUGCAUUGUGUGCGACUCCCAGCCGCUACACAAGCACCGCCAGUUCUGCGAGCUUGUCAUGGAACGCAUGCCACCCGAACUUGUUAACCGCUCAGUGGGCCGCGUCAAGGCCCUGUCUGAUUUCCGCGCGUUUUCGAGCCGUAAGGAGAUGACAGAGAGCCAGCGGGUAGCGCUGCGUCGCCAGUACCGCCCAGGCCCGAUGGGUAUCAUUGGGCAUCACACCCUCCUGCGUGACGCAACCACCCACCGCUACUACUGCGACGUGGGGGCGUGUCACUUCAGCACAGCCAGCAUGCGCAAGAUGCAGCACCACCGCUUGGUUGCGCACGGCAUUGCGUCGGAGCAGGUGUGCGCGUGCCCGCGAUGUGGCGCGCUGUGUCUGGACCAGGCUGCCUUACGCGUGCACCGCUCGUCUCCGCGCGAGUGUGUGCUGCCAACAGAGGCAGCGCUGCCUUCAACAGUGCUGCUUGCGCUGCAGAAGGAGCGACGCCAAUUGCACGAGAGCGAGCGACGUGCGGCAGCACAUGAGAGCCGCGCGUCGUGGUUCUGGCGGCCGGGUGAUCGCCUGCAGCCGCGCCGUGCCGGUCUUCGUGCGCUGUGUGCCAUUGCACGGGAGACAUCAAAGGCUGUGGUGAAGGAGGCAGAGGAGAUGAUGUCUCUGCACGUGCGCGCUGACGCGUGGCGGCGGCACAUGCGCCCGUGGCGAUUCUUUGAGGACGACGACGAGCGAGAAACAUAUGCAGAGAUCGAUGAUCAGAUUGGGGACUCUGAUGUGGAGGAGGCGUGGGAGGAAGAGCGGCGAGCGGCAAUUGAGGAGUUGUCUCUCCACCCGUCGUGCCCGAAUGCUCUGCCGGUCCAACACCUCCCCUGGGUCAUCGAGCAGCAGCUGCUGGACUCCAUUGACGGCGCGCUCAGCGUGUACAAGAACAACUGUGCCUAUGGCGCCCCCGUUGUGAAGACGAAUCAAGCACCGGAUGAUGCCGCCCUCAAAGCUUUGAGAGACGGCGCAUGGGACCCGAUUGAUGAGGAGAUUGCGCCCACAAUGCUGAGCGACGCGUGUGUGGCAGCGACGAUCCUCAACUCGACGAUGAUCAGAGCUGCAACUGCCGUCACGGCACGGGAUGCUGUAUUGUCCUCGCCUCGGUAUGGCGGUCCUGUUCGUGUCGUCGUCGUCGUCGUCGUCGUCCUUUUUUCGUGGGAUCUACAAGCAAUUUGGCUGCACACCCUGACCUCUGUCCACUGA